UAUACACUGAGACUAAGAUUACCAUGUUAAUGCCCCACCAACAUCAUCAUAUGAAAGAUCACUUGAGAAGCAUUCCAGCUUCUUUUGAGCAUAUGAGAGAAGCGUAUGGACUUGAGCCAGCUCCGCGCGUGCACAUCCACCCGGCGCCUCCGCAGCAUCCACGCGAUUCUGAUCAGCUCCGGCCGCAUCCGUGACGUCUUCUUCCCGACGACCCUUGUCAGCCUCUAUUCCCGCCUCGGAGACCUCCGCUCCGCCGCCCUGUCCUUCGCUCACACUCCCAAUAAGAACAUCUUCUCCUUCAACUCCAUCAUCGCCACCUACAUCCACCAUGGCCUUCCUUUCGAUGCCGGUCGCUGCUUCAGAAGUCUCCUCCUCGCCGGCCCCAGAGUCAGGCCAGAUGAGUUCACCUUCCCUGUUGCUUUGAAAGCUUCACUGGACUUGAGCUAUGGCAAGGCGAUGCACUCGUUGGUGCGGAAGCUGGGUUUGGGAUGGAAUGUCUUCGUUUCAUCCAGCUUGAUGCACAUGUAUUCGAGAUUUGGAGCUGUUAGGGAUGCGGAGAAGGUGUUUGUGGAAAUGCCUGAGAGGGAUUCUGGAGCAUGGAAUGCAAUGGUAUCCGGGUUCUGUCAGAACGGAAUGGCUGCUGAUGCGGUGAGGGUUUUCUCGGCAAUGGUUGCUGAGGGAGUGAGGGUUGAUAGAGUGACUUUUGCUAGUGUCCUGCCAGUUUGUGCUCCAUUGGAUGAUCUCUUGCUGGGUUUGGCAAUCCAUGUGUUUGCAAUCAAGCAGGGGUUGGAUGUGGAGCUAUUUGUUUCGAAUGCUUUGAUUGAUAUGUAUGCGAAGAUGGGUUGCAUCGAGGGUGCACAGCAGAAGUUUGAUGAUAUGCUUGAUAGAGAUUUGGUUAGUUGGAAUUCUAUAAUUAGUGCUUACGAGCAGGCUGGUAAACCACAUACUGCUCUUGAGCUUCAUAGUGAGAUGCAGAAAAGUGGUGUUCAGCCGGACGUGCUGACUUUAGUGAGCCUGGCGUCUGCUGUGGCUCAACAGGGAAAUGUCCUGAGUGGUCGAUCAGUGCAUGCUUAUAUUACCAGGAGAGGUUGGGACACAGACGAUAUAAUUGCUGGAAAUGCCAUUGUUGAUAUGUAUGCGAAACUGGGCGUGGUGGAGUUAGCUCAGAGAAUGUUUGACAAAAUGCCUGUAAGAGAUGUAAUCACCUGGAAUACUCUUCUCACUGGCUAUUCUCAGAAUGGACUUGCCGAUGAGGCAAUUGAUGUAUAUGAAACCAUGGAGCAAAGUGAAGGGAUUAGACCGAUUCAGGGCACACUGGUCAGUGUAUUGCCAGCGUACUCACACCUUGGCGCCCUGCAGAAAGGGAUGAGAAUCCAUGCGCAGGCCAUGCAGAUUGGAUUGCAUUCAGAUGUUUACGUCGGCACUUGCCUGAUAGACAUGUACGCGAAAUGUGGGAGACUAAAUGAAGCGGUAGCUUUAUUUGAAAAAGAAAUACCACGGGCGAGCUCAGGGCCAUGGAAUGCAAUCAUUGCAGGUUACGGUAUCCAUGGGCAUGGCAAGCAGGCGCUGAGGAUAUUCUCACAAAUGGAACAAGAAAUGGUGAAACCAGACAAUGUCACCUUUGUCUCGUUGUUAUCAGCAUGCAGCCAUGCAGGGUUAGUUGAUGGUGGCCAGAGAUGCUUCCACGUGAUGCAGACCAAGUAUGGGAUCAGGCCUGUUGUGAAACACUACGCGUGCAUGGUGGACUUACUUGGGCGGGCUGGGGACUUGGAUGCUGCCUAUGGGUUGAUUAGAACAAUGCCCAUUGAGCCUGACAGUGCUGUCUGGGGUGCUCUUCUUGGUGCUUGUAGGGUGCAUGGCAAUGUUGAGCUUGGUGCAUUGGCUUCUGAAUUCCUUUUUGAAAUUGAUCCGGAGAAUGUUGGCUACUAUGUUCUCCUGUCAAACAUGUAUGCAAAAACCGGGGACUGGGAUGGAGUCAAUGACGUUCGGUCUUUGGCAAAACGGCGGCACUUGCAGAAGACACCAGGAUGGAGUUCCAUUGAAGUGAACAACAAAGUGAAUGUGUUCUUCACAGGGAAUCAAUCUCAUCCCCAGUAUGAGAACAUUUGUAAGGAGGCGGUGAUCCUGUUGGCUAAAAUGAAGAGCCUGGGCUAUGUUCCUGAUUACAGCUUUGUGCUGCAAGAUGUCGAAGAGGAUGAGAAGGAGCACAUACUGUCAAACCAUAGCGAGAGGUUGGCCAUUACUUUUGGUCUCAUGAACACAGCGCCGAAGACUUCAAUUAAGAUCUUUAAGAAUUUAAGGGUUUGUGGAGAUUGUCACAAUGCUACAAAGUUCAUAUCAAGGAUUACAGAGAGGGAGAUAACAGUGAGAGACUCAAAUCGGUUUCAUCACUUCAGAGACGGGAUUUGUUCUUGUGGAGAUUAUUGGUAAUCAUCGAUGUUUUAAUUUAAUUAACUGACAGAGGAUUAUAAGUGUUAAACCAUUGUGCUAGA